GUGGCCAGCCGUGUCUCUUCAGACGUUUUCGUAGAGCUCUCGGUUCGCGACGAGCAGCUGACUCAUGUAUCGCGUGCAACUAUAAAUAUAUACGCAACCGAGAUCUCACAUGAUAGCUGUCACUUCUUUGUUACACUUAAAAAUCAGUCAUUCACCGCGUUAGUUCGAGCCAGCAGCAGUAGCAGCAGCAGAACGACGAGUGCGUCAUCUCAAGAACUCGAAGCGAGUGUUUAUUAUUUACAACAACAACAACAAAAAUGGCAUCGAUAGAGGACUGUUGGCGCGAGGCCACGCAGGGCCUCGACGAGGCGGCCAGCGAGUCCUGGCUGGUGCGCGUCCAGGAGGCCUACGGCGACGCCAAGCGCACCUAUCACAAUCUCGAGACGCUGGGCGAGAAGCUGGCCGCCUACGCCGAGGCGCGCGACUGCCUCAAGAAUCCCCGGGCCAUGCUGCUGGCGAUAUUCUUUCAAAACUUGGAUUACGACCCCAAGGCCCUGGACGGCGACACGAAGAAUCUGGAUCAGUUCGAGGCGUUCGCCGCCGAGGUCGGCAUCGAGGCGGACUCGGACCUCGCCAAGGACACGCGGCAGCUGCUCGAGGCCGCGACGACCAACAGCACCGAGGCGCACAAGAUCGACGGCGUCUACGGCAGCGAGGACGCGCACUACCUGCUCGACCUGGACAUGGCCGUGCUCGGCUCCUGCCCGGACAAGUACGCCGACUACUGCGACAAGAUACGCGGCGAGUACUCGUUCCUCAGCGAGCCCAUGUACACGGCGCUCAGGCUCAAGGUGCUGCAGAACUUUCUGCAAAUACCCAACAUCUUCGCGACGAAGGAGUUCCGGGAGAAGUACGAGGAGCAGGCCCGUACCAACAUCAAGUCGGAGAUCGAGUUGCUGUCUUAAUAACGGUGGAUGUUCGCUUCACUGAUCCACGACGACGACGACGACGAUGAUAAUAAAGCACGACCGAGUUAUGCAUAGGCCUGGAGCUUACGAUAUAACCCGAUUGCGGUACUUCGAGUACGAGUGCGCGUGUCGUAUUUAAUAGGUGGAAUUUAUUUUUUACCGGAGGAAUCGAUAUUAAUAUUAUAUAUAAAUAGUAUAUUAUUAUUGUAACGCGUGUACACCGACUUUAUUCAAAAUGGCAAGUAUAUGAAAUUUGUUAUUGUGUACUGGCAAGGGUAUGAAAAAUAAGCGACUGUUUGAAUCAGGAAAACUUGCAACGUACCGGAUGAUUUACUGCUGAGCUUUUAUUGCUCUGAGAAAACUUCUUCGGUAAAAGUUGCCACGUUCGUUGGAAAAAUUUUUGCGCAGUCAAAGUCGAGGUGGAUUUUCUAUUGUAGAAUAUGGAACGUAGAAAAAUUGUUAUAAUCAUAAGUAGUUAGACUGUAAGGCUUCUAAAACCUCCCCUAAAUAAACUACCCCUAUUAAUCUCAAUGGGGUUGAAAAUUGUUGCAACUUUUUUGCAAGGGUUAAAAAAAAUUGUAGUGCAGAAUCGGAUGCACCACACCUAUACGAGCACCUAUGACUACCCACAUGCCUGCAUUAAUUUUUUUUUAACGCUUGCAAAAAAGUUGCAACAAUUUUCAACCCCAUUGAGAUUAUUAGGGGUAGUUCUUUUAGGGGAGGUUUUAGAAGCCUUACAGUCUAACUACUAUCAUAGAGAAAAUUACUAAUAUUCUGUAACAGAAAAUUCACCCUGAGUUUGAUAGCGCACAAAUUUUGCCCGUGAACGUGAAAAAUUUCUCUCGGUAUAAAGUACGUAACAUUAUACGUUUUUGUGUGCAAUAUGUGCUUUUUUCUUAGCACCCAGUAUCGUUUAGAUGGAUGUGACUCUUUUGCACCAAUUGACUUUAUAUAAUAACGAAAACGAGGCAAAUAAAAAAAUGUCCUUAUUUCGAGCCGUGUCCACACACUCGCAAACGCGCUCAUCGUGCUACUUUUAUACUUAACUAUAACAAUAUUUAAAACGUGUUCAGACAUUGUAAUAUUGUAUUUCGCACGAUGGUCGUUAAUAAUGUCUCACGUGCGCAUACCUGUAAUAGUAAAUCCAAUCAAGCGACACGAUUGUGUGGCCUCUACUGCUGCACGCACGACGAUCGAUUACUCGCGAGGAGAACAAAAAAAAAGUGUGUAUGAGAGAGAGAAAUAAUGCUCUGCACGAUCGACAAUUUGUUAAGUUUGCCAGAUUUUUUGCUAUAUUACGAUACACGAUACCGAUAUCGCAUAAUGAUAUAACGAUAUUAUAUUGUACAACGCGAGAGAAUGAGAGAUACGACUAUAUAGAGUAAUGUAACAAUGAACGUAUGAGCUGAUUGUAUAUCGAUGUGCGUAUAUAAAUUACAUGUUAAA